CCGACGGUGACGACCUCCCCACGAGAACAUGCCUCUCGCAAAGGAUCUCCUUCAUCCCUCUCCAGAAGAGGAGAAGAGGAAACACAAGAAGAAGCGCCUGGUGCAGAGCCCCAAUUCCUAUUUCAUGGAUGUCAAAUGCCCAGGAUGCUAUAAAAUCACCACCGUCUUUAGCCAUGCACAAACAGUAGUUUUGUGUGUUGGUUGCUCUACUGUCCUCUGCCAGCCUACAGGAGGAAAAGCAAGGCUUACAGAAGGAUGCUCCUUCAGGCGGAAGCAGCACUAAAAGCCCCUGGAAUCAAGAUGAAUGGGAAACCAUCCCAAUAAACACAUUUUGGAUA